UUACGUGACUCUGCUGUGAGUCUCCUGUUGUGCCCGUUUGUAGCACUGUGGUUUUAUGUGGUGUUGUAUUUAAGGGUUCUAUAAAUGUGGUUGUGAUUUCAUCCUCAGGAUGGAUGUGUGACUGUGACUAUCCAACCAUACAUUGUUGUGCUGUCAUUUGGGUAGGGUGUGCUUGUGAGGAUAGAUGUGGUUCCAUGGUGGGUGACUGACAGCAGCUGUGGCUCCGCUCCUCCAGAGGUACCCAGUGGAGAAAAGAGGAAUGGCGGUGGACCACGCCAAAAAUAAGAAACCGGUGGUGUUCAGUGACGUGUCUCUGGACUUCUCUCAGGAGGAGUGGGAGUGUCUGGGCCCCGCGCAGAGAGACUUGUACAAAGAUGUGAUGCUGGAGAACUACAGCAACCUGCUCGCAGUGGGACUUCACAUUCCCAAGCCUCAGGUGAUCUCUUUAUUGGAGCAAGGCAAAGAGCCCUGGAUGAUUGGUAAAGAGCUUACAAGAGGCCUGUGCUCGGCUCUGGAGUCAAUGUGUGAGAGCAAGUUAUUAUCUCUAAAGAAGGAAGUGUAUGAGAUAGAGUCCUGCCAGAGGGAGCUAAUGAGACUUUCAAAGCACGGCCUCCCGGGCUCCGGUUUUACAGAUGCUCUGGAAUGUGGAGGCCAAUUUCCAAGUGGACAUGGAAGCCAAGAAUUACUCACUCGGGAAUACAUGCCCACAUUCGUUCAGCAGACCUUUUUUACCCUACAUCAGAUUAUUAAUAAUGAUGAGAAACCCUAUGAAUGUAAGAAGUGUAAAAAGGUCUUUACCCAGAACUCACAGUUUAUCCAACAUCGAAGAAUUCAUAUUGGUGAAAAGUCUUAUGAAUGUAAGGAGUGUGGGAAGUCCUUCAGUUGUGGGUCACAUGUCACUCGACAUCUGAAAAUUCACACUGGUGAAAAGCCCUUUGAAUGCAAAGACUGUGGGAAGGCCUUUAGUUGUAGCUCAUACCUUUCUCAGCAUCAGAGAAUCCACACUGGUAAAAAACCUUACGAAUGUAAGGAGUGCGGGAAAGCCUUUAGCUACUGCUCAAAUCUCAUUGACCACCAGCGAAUUCACACUGGUGAGAAGCCUUAUGCCUGCAAAGUAUGUGGGAAAGCUUUUACAAAGAGCUCACAACUUUUCCAACACGUGCGAGUUCACACAGGUGAGAAACCUUAUGAAUGUAAGGAAUGUGGCAAAGCCUUUACGCAGAGCUCAAAGCUUGUUCAGCAUCAGAGAAUCCACACUGGAGAGAAACCCUAUGAGUGCAAGGAAUGUGGGAAAGCCUUUAGUAGUGGCUCAGCCCUCACAAACCACCAGAGAAUCCACACUGGGGAGAAACCCUAUGAGUGCAAGGAGUGUGGGAAGGCUUUCACUCAGAGCUCACAGCUUAGGCAACAUCAAAGAAUCCAUGCUGGUGAGAAACCUUUUGAAUGCCUGGAAUGUGGAAAGGCCUUCACCCAGAACUCACAGCUUUUUCAGCAUCAGAGAGUCCACUCAGAUGAAAAACCUUAUGAAUGUAAUAAAUGUGGGAAGGCCUUUAAUAAGUGCUCAAACCUUACCCGGCACCUGAGAACUCAUCGUGAGGACAAGCCCCGUAGCUGUAACGAAUGUGGGAAGACGUUUAGUAAUGAUGCAGACCUCAUUCGCCAUCAGGAAACUCAUACUAACGAGUAAUAAAACUUCAUCCUUGAGUUACUCUCUGACAUUGUUUGACUAGAUAUUUACAUUUUCAUCUGAAUUAUUUGGCUGUAGGCUAUGAGUUCCACGCCUCUGGGUAUUGUCUUCUCCCACACCACUGCUAGUUGCUUACUGGGUUUUGUAAACCUCUUGCUUGGGGAUCUGACAUACUGUGUUUAUGUCUGCUCAUAGCUCUAGGCCUGUCUUUUGUUUUCUAAACUGUGUUUCUUCUGAAGCUUGCACUAAUAGCAGCGUUUUAACUGUGUAAGCUUCAUGAGUUAAGGCCUUUGUAGAGCUCCAGGGUGGAUCUAAGGCGGUGCUGGUCGGUCUUACUGCUGUGUCUCAUGAGCUUGUUUUUAUUUUUAUUAUGGGGGGGGGGCGGGGAGAAAACUAGAAAAUCCAAAGCUCAGACAUGACGAUGAACUGUGAUUGUGUUGAUUUUAGAUGACGACUAUCAAAUCGGUAGAACGAGUUCUGCGGAAGAUGUGUAGUUUGUGUGUUUGUGUUCUUUCUGCAUCUGCUUUUGUCAUGUUAGAAAAUCAUUGUUGUAAUUGCUCUUUCAGCAAAUACAGAUUCUAAUUUUAAAGAUUUACUUAAUAUCUGUUAAUGACUAUUAUUCAUGUUAUGGUUGCUUCUGAAUUUUUGCAUUUGUAAAAGCUGUCUCCAUUACUAUGCCUCCAAACUUAAAUUUGGAUGUCUGAUGUUUUGUUUCUCCUAAAAAUGAGAACAUUUAAUGCUGAAUUUAUUUUCUCCUUGUACGCUAUUUUGUUCCUUUUCAUUAACCCUAGUCCUGAUGUCUUGUCAGAAGAAUAAUUACAGUUAGGAACAUGUUAUUCUUCCAGAUUAUUUUCUUAUCAGUAGUUGUUCUUCUUUUACAUAUUCAGUCAUGUGUACGCAUUGGUUUGCCAUGAGAACUCAAUGAACUCAUAAAUAGAACUUAUAGAUCUAUUCCUAGCAUAUAUGGGUUUAAUAAAAGGUUUCUCUGUUGUCAUUUGUACACUA